CAACGCGGCCCGGCCCGGUCCAGCCCGGCCUGGUCUGCCCGAGUCCCCCUCCCCCCCAGGGCCUCCCCCCUCAGGGCCUCCCCCCUUUCACAGCGUCUCCUUCCCCAGUCUGGUCCGCGAACCCCCCGUCAGCCCUUUGCUGACCCCCAGUUCCCUUGUUCUGUGGUGUUCCAGGUUGCCCAAGUAGUGUGUAGAGUCUCCCUUACUCGAGAUGUUCCAGAACCCUCUGGACACAUCCAGUGCUCUGGAAUGGCCCUGCCUGAGCAGGGAGGUGGGACUAGGUAAAGCACUGUGGUCCCUUCCAUUCUGUGAUUCUGUCAUUUCCUUAGAGCAGUAUUUAGGUAUUUCAGUAACUCACAAGACACACUAAAGAGAACAUCACUGGUACCCAUACACUUCUCUGCGGACUCACAGCACUCGCUGCCUCUGUGUGUCUGGAUCUAAGAAUCACAUAGAGCAUUUUUAGGAAUAACCCCUUUCCUCCCCCCGCCUGGCUGUUUGGCAGGGUACGUUCUCACUGUUAAAGGGAUGGACAGUCUUGUUCCCACACUCCUCGCCGAGCACAGGCUGAGGGCGGAUGGACUCCACCUGCAAAGCCAAGAGAACAGAUGAAAAGCUCCCAUGUGGGGCUGCCCAGGACGGCACAGGACGUCUGCAGGACUGAGCAGAGGGGUGACUUCACACCCAAGUCUAGAGGCCCAGCUGAAAUCCAAAAGGCAGACUCCCAAGCCCUGUGAGCUGCCCACACGGCGUGGGAUCUCCAAGCCUUCCUUGUGCUCUGCUCUUGCCCCCUUCUGUGUGUUGUCACAGGGAACAUCUAUUUCUCAGAUUGAAUGAGGACACAAGGAGGUGUUGUGACAGCAAGAAUAAACAGUGGGAGAUUAGCCCAAAGCCGUGGGUGACACAUCCCUCUGGAUUGCAGGACCCAGUGGGUGACACAUUCCUCUGGAUUGCAGGAGACCUCUGGGCAGGCACAGGGGCAGGAGGAAGCAGGUGGGCUGGGGGAAGCACAGAGGCAGGGCAAGAGACCAGAAACAGAGUGAGAAGCACUGUCAGGGCUGUGUGGGGGCUGGAAUCUGUUUAGAUUUUGGUGUCAAGGCCUGGAACCAAAGGUCAGUGGACAGUAGGGCAGCUGGGCAACUCUGCUCAGCUUGUGAUGAGUGUGGGCUGUUUUCCUAGAGGUGAGCUGGGUGUUUUUGUUGAGUUGGUCACUCACGUGGGUUUCCUGACUGCUGAGCUUGCACUAACUCUGCUUGGGGUCUAGGUGUGUUCCAGAGGGGUCAGUGGGGGCUGGUCAGCCCUUGGGGGGGCUGAGGGAGCAGGGCCAGCUGCUGCUUUGGCACUUCACAAGCUCUUCUCAGAUGGGUUUGAUUCCCCGUGAGCCAGCCCUGAAGCCUUUGGGCUUCGUUCCCAGCUGCUGCAGUCUGUGUGUGAGCAGUGCCCUUGUGCUUUCCUCUGGGCAUUUGACUCUUUGUCUCUCAGGAAUGGGACAGUCUUUGCUCCACUGUGCUUUCCUCUGGGGAUCUGACUCCUCGGGAAUGGGGGAAUGGAAUCUUUGCUCCACAUGUACUUCAAAGAAGCCACGCACUCACAUCUUGCAAAUGCAUACAGGCACCUCUCCUCAGUCCCUGUAAACACCUGGAUUCAAACACCUCAGGUGCACCAUUUGGUGGAGUAACAGGAACUUGCAUCUGCUACAGCUCUGCCCCGUUACUUUGAUGUGACUCUGAGGUGCCACUGCCACCUGUGCUGCUGCAGGAACAGCCACAGUUCCCUGGGGAUAAAUGCUAGAAUCACCCCUUGGUGGCACCAGCUGGGAGAGCUGUUGCUGGAACUAACUGUGGUUAUUCACUUUUUCAUGUGGAUUUUGAUCCAACUUCAGACAUGGAAAGUAAAACUGGCUUUUUGGGGUGAGGGUCUUUGCUUUCUAAACUCUUCUCCCACCAUUUCCAGCAGUGCCUUGGGAAGGCCAAACAGGCUUUCUCUGAUUGCCCACCCGUAUGAAAUCUCCCAGGAGGGCUGAUGGUGUGUGACACCCCUCCCUGCCGCCGACGGAGCCACUGGCACGUCCCGGUGUCACGUCGGCAGCGCCUGUGACUCAGAGAUAAGGCUGAAGUCACGUUAUUCCUCGAUCCCUUUAAAAACACGUCCCUCAGCCCCGUGGCCCCGGCACCAGCCCCACGCACAUGAGGUCAACCCUAAAACAUCGUUGCAAAACAGGGGCUCAGUCGAACCCCCCGGGAAGGCCUGCAGGGUGGGGCCACUUAGGAUAAAUCAGGGGAUUUUGAUGUAGCCCUUUGCUCGUCCUCCUUUCCCUGGAAGGCUCCAGCCUCCCGGAGCUGCCAGGAGAGUGGGGCCCGCAGUGAUGCAGCUCCCAGGGCUGAGCUUGGUGGUGAAGCUGGAGGAUGGCCCAGCCCAUGGGAGCGGGGAGCUGCUGCACGGGCGGGUGCAGCUGGAGCUGCGGGGAGCGCUGCGGGUGCAGGCGCUGGAGGUGAGCGCCCACGGCGGUGCCACCGUGCACUGGCUCGAGAGCUGCAGCAUCGGGCUCAACGUUGUCUACAGGGACUACUCAGCCUACCAGACCUUCCUGAGCCGCCACUGCCAGCUCAUCCCUGACAAUGGUGAAUCCACUGUCCUGCAGGCAGGAAGGCAUGAGUUCCCCUUCACCUUCCAGCUCCCUGAGACCCUGGUCACCUCCUUUGAGGGGAAGCACGGCAGUGUGCGCUACUGGGUGAAAGCCAAGCUGCACAGACCCUGGGCCACAGUGAAGAAAGCAAAGAGGGAGUUUACUGUGAUUGAACCCAUCGACAUCAACACACCUGCGCUGCUGGCUCCCCAGGCAGGUGCUAAGGAGAAACUUGCUCGUGCCUGGUACUGCAAUCGUGGCCAGGUGUCUGUGACUGCCAAGAUUGACCGAAAAGGCUACACCCCAGGUGAGGUCAUCCCUAUCUUUGCUGAGAUCGACAACUGCACAAGCCGGGCCGUGGUGCCCAAGGCGGCCAUAAUCCAGACCCAGACCUUCAUCGCUCGGGGCUCCAAGAAGCAGAAGAGGUCAGUGGUGACCAGCAUCACUGGGGAUUCCAUUCCAGCAGGGAAGCGGGAAGUGUGGCACGGGCGGGCCCUCAAGAUCCCGCCUGUGGGGCCUUCCAUCCUCCAGUGCCGCAUCCUCCAGGUGGAAUAUUCCCUGAAGGUUUGUGUGGAUAUUCCUGGGACCUCCAAGUUGCUCCUUGAACUGCCGCUUGUCAUUGGGACCAUCCCGCUGCAUCCGUUUGGGAGCCGCACAUCCAGUGUCAGCAGCCAGUACAGUGUCAACCUGGACUGGCUGAACACCAUUCCGGAGCAGCCGGAGGCUCCCCCUGAGUACUCAGCAGUCGUGUCCAGCCCUGAGGCCGAGCAGAGCCUGGCCCCACCAUGCCGCAGUGAGCUUGGUGACAUCCUGGAAGGUCCCUUCUUCGCCUACAUCCAGGAAUUCCGCUUCCGACCUCCUCCUCUGUAUUCAGAGGUUGAUCCCAACCCCCCGUCAGACAGCAUCCGCCCACGCUGCAUGACCUGCUGAGAGAAGUGCGUCGGACGCUGCUGACAGUGUGGUGAUCCCUUGGGAUGGGAGCUUGCACACCCUCACAGCACUUCAGGCUGGAAAUGGGGAUGUGGUGUCCGUGAAACCAGAGCUUUGUAGUGCCAAGACCCUGGCUCUGCUCACCACCCUUGGCUGCUCCUGUCGUGACUGUCCCACAGACCCACACCCAGUGCGGUGCCGUGGCCUCGGGUGUGGGGGGAGAACACAAGGGACCUGCCAUUGUGGAGUGGCUCUGUGUGUGGCUGGGCAGAAUGUGGAGGGUUUAAUAACUGCCCCAGGAUUUUGGGGUUAGAACAGGGAACACCUGGCAUAAGCCAGGAUUGCUCUCCCCUUGCUUGCAGUGCUGAGCUCCGGCAGCUCCUGUGUGGAAAGCAGGAACUUGGAGGCGUUUCUCAGGAUUAUGGAGGAUGUUUUGAUGCUGCUCAGGGUUGAGCCCCGGGGCGAUGCGGGUGGAGCCCUUUGCCUGCAGGUCCCUGAGGAAGCGAAAGGCCUUUUUCUAGCAAGAUGAAGCAGAGGCUUUGGCUGCUGCUGAUAAUGCUUGCCACAAGCCUGUGGGUACCUGCGGGGGGAAUGGUUUUGAGCUACUCACCUGAAAUGUAAAGGCUUCCAAGGGCUGUUAUGAGGACUUGGGGGAUGAAUUUAUGAUCCAUGGCAGCAUUUUGGUGCCAUUUACCAAGAACAGGAAGGCUGGUUCCUGUGUGUCAGCACCAAACCUGUGCACUGUGCUGGUGCCUCCUCCGUGAUGCGGCUGAAAAACCAGUCCCCAAACUGUGGUACCACCAUGGGGGCUUGGAGCUGUGGCUGGUGGCCUAGGAAAAGAGAAAAAAGCAUAAUCCAAGGCUGGUGGCAGCCACAGAUGCUGAUGGGAGAUAUGGAGUUCGAAUGAAUCUUUCAGAGCCAGGAGUCCUGCUCAGAAUGGGCUUGAGCCUGUGCCCGUAGAGGGGUCGGUGGCCCUGGUGGGAUGAGGACACAGCAGCAACCUGUGCUCACUGGGUUGGGAAGUGCUGUAGAACCGGUGAGCUGGAUGUUGCAGCAAUGAGUGUGUGUGUGUGGCAGGGGCUGACCCUGCUCGCUCCAGGGUGACCUGAGCAGAGUUUGGGGGCCGAGGACCUUUGCAUUCCCUCACUGAGACAAUCCUUGGCCAUGCACAUCCAAAGCCAGUGUGCCUUGGGCUCUGCGCCGGGGCUACCUCUGCUCGCUGGGGUUGCUCAGAUGAGUCUUUUCUAUCUGUGAACACUUUUGUAACGACCACUCUUGUCUCUACUCAUUUUGUAUGACUUUUUUUGUGGGGAAUUUUUGCCUGAAAUAAAUUCCUUAAGUAUUGCCUGGA